AUGACACAGCCGGCGCUGGUGGAGUUUCGCGAUGCCCUCGGUGUGGGCCUGCCACUCUUCGUGCAGUGUGCUUGGGACGCAGCGGAUGCUCGGGAAGACACGGUCGAGAUCUGCCGGCUAGUCAUCUUUGACGGCUCCCAUUGUUGGCAGGGCCCACUUUGCCGCGGAGAUCUUGCCGGGCCCCUCGGGGAGAGCUGGCGGGACCCCGCGAACUUGCGAUUGCUCCAAUCGGCGCUGUCUUCCCCACACCUGUCAGGCUCCAGCUUUGGGCCUCGGGCCGAGGCGGCUUGGAGGCUUGCCGAGGUUGCUGGUACCGAGCCGGAGCUGGAGCUGACCGUGCGCUUUGUGUACAAGGAGGGCCCCGUGGCUGCGGUGCGCGCCGCCCGGUUCCGUGCCGUGCCGCUGGCUGCGGCGCUGAGCGGCCUUUGCCGCGCAGUCCGGGAGCUGCAGGCAGAAGCACGAGCGCAGCAGUGCCGCCUGGCCAUCAACAGGGGCAGUACCCGCAUGGGCAUGUCUUUCGAUGUCUUCCACAUGACCCAUGCUGUUCGCAAAGAGCUCGUCGGGUGA